AUGAGAUUUGCAUACAGUAGCCUAAAGUCAACGACCCACGAACUUGCCGAGUUCCUAUCAGAGGAAUUGGUGUCUGUGCUCUCAGAUUGGGCGAAAAAACGCAAUUUCCCUGGACUCCACUACUUCGCUGGCCAGUGCGGUGAUAAGUUGGUAGACUACGCCGGAGACAAUCGUGUUAGAGAGACCUGUGCGGAUCAGCACACCCCGGAUGAUGAUCAUUGA